AUGUACAUUGUUCGGCUCGGGAUAUGCUUCGUUUUACAGACUCUUACGCUGUACACGAUAUACUUACCGCACGAUCUACUAUACACUGGGUCCACAGGAAAGGGAUCUUGCCACAAGAUCUUGGCUUCGGACGCAAUCUUCUAUUCGGAUCUCGAUUUCAUCAUCGUCAUCGCCAUCGUCAUCGCCAUCUCCCUCGCCCUCGCCAUCCGAGAUCCGGUCCCGGCCGAAACGCCCCCGGGUACGCCGCCCAUCUAA